GGGACAGAGGGUGCGCGCGCCUCCCGUAACACCUGGCCUGGGGUGGGAAGGAAGAGGGGAGACGGCGAAAUAAAGCUACUUUCCUCACAUUUUAGAGUAUGUAAACCCCAACCCCAAUCAUAGUCGUCGACUAUCCAGGAGAUCGCCAUUUUUUAGAAAAAAAAAGAAAAUUACUUCUUUGUUUUAUUACUUCCGCAAGUUCCGGAAUACCUCUCAGCUGGCGCAGGCAGACGGACCGCCCACCCUGGCUGCCACUUUCCCCAUUGCCCAGUCAUGCAGCAGCACCUCCGGCUGGUGGCUUGAUGGUGAGCCACUCGAAUCAGCGUUUCCCACAGUGCACCUGACCGCCAGUGCAUCUGCUGCGUGCACACGUAUACACAAACGCAAUCGCUGGGCUUGAGGUGUAGGGGUCCUGUCAGACUGCCUGGUGCUGGUAGCAGUACAACCACUCCGAUUUCGCUGCCUGAGCGCCGGUGGCACUGCUGAGUAUCUGCAUCCAGGGUGAUCGAAACAACGCAGAUGAUGGAUGACACAGAAAAAAAGCUUUGCCCAGGAUAAACCGGUUGGCUGUUUGUAACACGGACAUCUUGUUGGGUUACCAGUGUCCUGAAACUAACACAGCAGGAAAAUGUCAUAAGGAAAUGCCAGCGAAUGCCAUCUGCUGCAAAGUUUUGUUCACAGAAGCCUGGAAUGAAGCAGUGCGUAUGACUUUGAGCGUGGAAGGCUCUCUCUUGGUGGAUAGAAGUUUCGGAGUACAAAGCUGGGGCAGCGAGUGGACUCAAGAAAAGGAAGUUAAUUUCCCUUCAGGCUGCUACACUGGACUAGAUCCUAACUCUGGUUGCCAUGACGGAGCCCAAAGGAUCUGCAGUAGGGCCCGCUUGGGUGCAGGUUUGCAAGGAGUGCGGGCAGGUGCAUAGUGGGCAGGAAAACCACCUGUAUGAGUACCAAGAUGAGGUGGACGACGAGCUGAUUUGCCACAUUUGCCUGCAGCCGUUGCUGCGGCCCAUGGACACUCCCUGCGGUCACACAUACUGCUUCCAGUGCCUGGGUAGCUUCUUACGUGAGCAGGACUUUUGCCCCGUGGACCGACAGCGGCUUCAGCUGCACCAGUGUCGACCCUCCAGCCUGCUGGUGCGCAACCUGCUGGACAAGCUGAAUGUCAUGUGCCCCUACCAGCCCCUGUGUGGACAGCCCAUGCAGCGCUGUGAGCUGCAGCCACAUCUACACAACAGAUGCCCAGGCUUCCGAAAGCUGCGAGAAGAGGCUGAGAGGAGAAAGAGGCCCUCUUGGAAUGAACUGAAGGGCAAUAAGUCAGAGUUGGAGCCAGGGACUGACUCUAAACACACACCUAUGUCCUCUCGUAUGGCUCCGCCCCGCGGACAGGCAGACCCAGGAUUGGUUAACCCUGCUUUUGAGGAGACUGAAGAUGAUGCCCCUCUGAGGUGCAGUCUUGUUGCGGAGACAAAUGUGGUGGAGAUUUUCCGUGACGAGCCGGAGGAGGAGCUUGGUAUCCGUAUUGUUGGCGGGAAGGACACGCCCCUAGGGAACAUCGUCAUCCAGGACAUCCUGCGGGACUCCCUGGCUGCUCGCGAUGGCAGGCUGGCCCCUGGGGACCACAUCUUGGAGGUGAACGAUGUCAGCGUAGCCAGUAUUGCCCACGCUCAUGCUGUAGCUGUACUGCGCCGGCCUUGCCCUGCUGUGCGCCUCACAGUGAUGCAGGAGAAGGGCUUCUCCACCAGGAACCCACGUCCUGAACACCACCCGUCCCCCUCCCACAGCAACAGCCCUGCCCCCGCCCCCAACCCUGGCACAGUUAUCCAAGUGACCCUGAUGAAGAGGGAUCGCUCAGAGCCGUUGGGCAUCAAGCUGAUCCGCAAGUCGGAAGAGCCGGGUGUUUUUAUUCUGGACCUCCUUCCGGGGGGGCUGGCGGCCAAAGAUGGUAAACUGCGUAACAAUGACAAGGUGCUGGCCAUUAAUGGGCAGGACCUGCGACACGGCACCCCAGAGAGCGCUGCACAAAUCAUACAGGCCAGCGAGGUGCGUGUGAAUUUUGUGGUGAUGAGGCAGCAAGAGCCUGUGGGAGAGGUGGACCUUGGCAGUGAAGGCCGUAGCAGGGGCAUCCGGCGAAAUGCGGACCUACACUAUUUCAGGCGGCGUUCCACCUACGUGAAGGACCCUCCGGAUGGUUUUUCCAGCCAGGAGAAGACUGUAAGCGUGAAGAAGGAGCCACGCCUCUCCUUGGGUAUCACCAUUGCAGGCGGGCGCGACAGCCGGAGCCAUUUGCCCAUCUACAUCACCAGUGUGCAGCCAGUGGGCUGCCUGCACCGUGAUGGCACCAUCAAAGCCGGCGAUGUGCUACUGAGCAUCAAUGGGGUGGACCUAACUCAACUGACCUACAGCGAGGCUGUGUCUGUGCUGAAGGCACAGGCCUCCCAGGCCAGUGUGGUGCUGCGGGUCCUGGAGACUGUAACAACCAGCCGAGAAGAAGAGGAAGGGGAGGCAGUUGACCUGGAUGAGCUGGAGGUCUUGGAGAAUCCCAGAGAGGAUGAUGUGAACUGGGCCCCACUGUGGACCCACUGGUUGGGCCUGCCCAGCGCCUUACACUGGUGUCGAGACAUCGCUCUGCACAAGGUGAACAACGAGAGCUGGGGCUUCAGUAUUGUGGGAGGCUAUGAGGAAGGUCACGGCCAGCAGCCCUUCUUCAUCAAGACCAUUGUGCCCGGGACCCCCGCCCAUUUUGAUGGGCGCCUCAAGUGUGGCGAUGAGAUUGUGGCUGUGAAUGGUGCCACCACGGCAGGCAUGAACAACUCCUCACUCAUCCCACUGCUGAAGCUACAGAGGAACAAAGUGACUCUCACGGUGGUGUCGUGGCCUGGCAGUCUGGCGUGACCCUCGCUGCGAUGCCGGUAUGAAAAGGUGGCCCUGGCUGACCAGUUGUCCAGCACAGUGUUUCUGUCUACUGUCCUGGCUUCAGAGCCUUUUCUCCACAUUGUGCAUCUGCUUCUGUGGCUGCCACAAGAAGGCCCUCUUCUGAAUUCUUCAAGCAGUUCUCAUCAGUUUUAGUGUGUUUCUAAAGGCCUGAUUUAUUUUAAGAAUUUUGAAAACUCUGAUGGACGGCUAUUUUGCACAGUACCUCUGCCCACUGGUUAGACUUCACCGCUGAGGGUGAUUCCUUGGUACAUAAUUCUGGUUUAAGAGUAAUCAAUAGUCAGCUCCACUCUGGGAAUCAGUGAGGUAUUGCACACACAACGGAAGGUGCAAAUUUUAAACACAAAUUAUCGGUUGAAGUCAGAAAACAGUACAGAUGACUGUGUCACCCAUCUUUUAUGCAAAGAAGUUACACAAAGAAGUUUUAAUCAUAAAAUAUAACCCUAUGAAGUAUGUGUUUUAUACCAAGUGUUAAAUGCUUCAGUCAGUGAUGCUACUAGGUGCUGUUUUCUGUAUCCCUCUGUCUACACCGAGUGCCUGUGGGAAAGGGGUGGCAGACAAUCUCUUCUUGACUGGCCUGUCCGUGGUGCACUGACAUCUUCCAGAUUGCUGGAAGAAUAGGGUUUUAACCACCAGAUACACUUCUACUACAGAUAAUGCUACUUCACUGUUUGAACACCAACUUCCUGUUGGCACCCAUUCUAUAAUAUUCUAUAAUCCUUUCUAUUUGUAUGACUCAUGUACCCAAUAAUGUAUCAGUGGGUGCCAUGGAUUUUUUUUUUUUUAUUACAAAGUUCAGCGUACAUCAAAUAUUAUUCCCAACACUUUAGCCUCGGAACACCUUUUUUGUCAGAGCAUCUACUCUCAGAAGCCCCUUAACAAGCAUGAAUGAAGUACAGCCAGUUGUCAUAAAUCUGGGUUUUACUUACUGUCAGGCAGUCCUGGAGGUACUGAACCUCUAGCUGUUCAGGGUGUGAACAUACCAAAGUGAUUUUAUUUUUAUUUUUUUUUUUUUUUAUUUCCUCCUUCAGCUUGUUUCUGAGCGACUUUAAUACAGGCAUAAAACUUUCUAUCCUAUGCAUAUGGCUCUGUAAUUGUGCCUGUUAUUCAGUCUAGCAGUCCUCUUUAAACAGUGUAACCAACUUGAUCUUCAUCUGAUAAUUUCAGUGCAGAUUGUUGUUUCCAUUGAUUUUUGUUUUGUGUGCCUUGUUUUGUAUGAAAUGAAUCAAAAUCAGUUCAUAUCUGCCUUAAGGACCAAAAAACAAAAAUGCAAUCUUUCAUUUUGCACCCCUUUCAUGCUUUUGUUCCUCCUUAUGAGACAAAGGAGUUUGGGGUGACAGGGCCAGUAGUGCAGGCUUUACAGCAAACAUUUUAAUUAGCAUGUGAUAAAUGUAACAGCCAUGGGUAGCGACAUGCUGGUCAGUAAAUUUCCUUAGUAAAACUAUUAGAAACAGCAAUUCAGGUCCUGAAAAGCACAGCUGCGUAGUUCUGAUGAGGCCAAAGGCUGGUGCUGAGGAGGGGCCACUUACUGCUGCAGCAAGGUAUCCAGAGUAGUACUGGCAACCAGAGUCCAACCAGCACCCAACCAGGACCCCAUUUGCUCCACUUUUUCCCAGCAGAAAAGCCUGAAAUGCCAGACUCACUUAAAAGAGAAGUUUCCUUUUACAGCCUCAUUUCUGCAACAGGACGAUAGCGUUCUCUUGCAGUGGUUCUUGAACGGACUUUUGUUGAGUGGUCUAGGUGAAACUCCCAGAGGAACACUGCCUCCUGUCUCUGUAGAGAUGCUUGUUUGUGUGAAUACACAUAUGUAGAAUGUUCUUUUAGCCUGCCACAAGCGUUGAUUUUGGAAGGAGCUUUUGUAGUGACUGCAAUGUGAUUAAAUGAUCUUGUUUCAAUAAAU